ACGGCGGCGCGGGGAAGCAGCAGCAAACGAGGGAGUGGACGAAACCCUCGAAACACUGCCCUCGCUGCUGUUGAUUUGGGCACCAGACGGCUUCAAGCGCGGUAGUCAUCAUGUCGGACGCACUGUCUCUCACGAAGGAUGCCAAGAAGCCGCACCGCACGUCCAAGUCCGGCGCCAAGGCCAACAAAAAGAAGGAGAAGGGGGGAAAGGUGGAGAGGCACAACCCUAGGGCGUUCUCCGUGUCGAAGAUCGGCAAGACCCGCAAGACCCAGCAGAGGAACCUCGACCGUGCACAGCGGAAGGAGGUCGUCCCGCAGGUUGACCGCGCGGAAGAAGUCCCGCCGCCCGUGAUGGUUGUCGUCAUGGGACCCCGAGGAUCCGGCAAGACUACCCUCAUUCGGUCUCUGAUUAAGCUUUACACGGGGCAUAACCUAAAGGAGUCGACGGGUCCGAUCACGGUGGUUAGCGGCAAGAACAGGAGGAUAACCUUCCAGGAGUGCCCCGACGACCUCUGCGGCAUGGUGGACCUCGCCAAGGUGGCGGACCUCGUUCUCCUCGUCGUCGACGGCAGCUUCGGGUUCGAGAUGGAGACGUUCGAGUUCCUAAACAUACUGCAGGUGCACGGGUUUCCCAAGGUGAUGUGCGUCCUCACCCACCUGGACCGCUUCGACAACGUGAAGGCUCUCCGAGCCACCAAGAAGAAGCUCAAGACGAGGUUCUGGACCGAGGUGUACAACGGGGCCAAGGUGUUCGGAAUGGGCGGCGAGAUAAACGGGAAGUACCCCAAGACAGAGGUGCGGAACAUCGCGCUGUACCUGUCUCGCACCAAGUUCCGACCCUUGCGCUGGCGUAACACACACCCUUACGUGGUCGUCGACCGCUACGAGGACAUCACUUACCCUCAGAAGGUUUUGGAGGAUCCGACUUGCGACCGAGAAGUCGCCGUGUUUGGCUACGUGAGGGGCACACACCUCAAAGCCGGGCAGCGCGUGCACGUGAUUGGCGCGGGCGACUUCGGCAUGGCAGAGGUGUCGGCCCUCCAGGACCCCUGCCCCCUCCCUACCAAGGAGAAGGUGGCGAACCGGAGCCUGAACAAGAAGGAGAGCCAGCUGUACGCGCCGCUGGCAAACAUCGGCUCCGUCGUGAUGGACCAAGACGCCAUGUACAUCGACAUUGGGCGGGCCAACUACACUCGCAAGGAGAACCUCCUGCUGGAAGACGGGGCGGCGGAGGCGGCGGGAGGGGGGGGUGGCAGCGGCAGCGAGGAGGAGGAAGAGGAUGAUGGUGACGAUGAAUAUGAGGACGGGAGGGGAGGCGACUUCGACGCGGGGGACUCUUCGAGACUGCUGCGCGAGCUCCAGGACGUGAGAUCGGCCGUUGACGAAAAGAUGGGGGCGAGCGAGCUCAAGCUGUUCGGCGGGCGAAAGAGCGGGCGGAAGGGCGUCUCCGGGGAGGAGGCUAGCGUCGCAGCAGCUAGAGCUGCUGCCGCCGCGGCGGCGGCGGAGGAGGCUGACGACGGUAGUGAUGUCUCGGAGGAAGGGAGCUCCGGAGACGAAGAGGACGGGGAAAAGAGUUCCGGGGAGGAAGGAGAUGGUUCUGAGGAAAGUUCUGGGGAGGGUUCCGACGGAAGUUCUGACGGUGGCACCAUGUCCGUGGACGAAGACGAGGGCGGCGGCGUCAAGAAGCGAAAGAAGAUCAAUAUGCCGAGGGAAGAGAGGGUGGCUGCGUCCCCCGGAGGGUCGGGGGGCGGCAGGACUCGUCGAAGGGCGCUAUUCGACGACGACGAUGACGUCAAGGGGCGGGGAGAGGACGGCCGUGACGGAGACGACUCCGACGGCUCCCCGUCUGAGGACGAUGAUGAUGCGGACGAGAACGGCGGCGUGAGCCAGGCGUGGAAGAGCGGCAUGGCGACGAGAGCGGCGGAAAGGUUCUUGCAGCGGAAGUCCCAGAACGUGAACCUUCAAGACCUGGUGUACGGCAGGCCGGGGAGAGGAGGCGAGGACAACGCGGCCAAGGAAGGGGAGGACUCGGCAUCCGAGGAAGAAGGCGGGGAUCAGGAGCAAGACGACCACUUCUUCACCAUACGCGGCGGCGGAAACAAGGGUAGUAAGCGGCAAGGCCAUUCUUCUUCCGGUGGCGGCGACGCCGAAUCGGAGGAUAACGACGACGAGGAGGAGGGUGGGGGUGGGGUCGGGGGCGGGGACCGAUCCAAGUUUUGCCCGGACCGGGAGGCGUUGGACGACUGGGAGGGGACCGGGGACGACUGCGCCAUCGAAGCUAUUCGAAACAAAUUCGUCACCGGUGACUGGGGGGCCGGGGACGGAGCGAACGGUGCCGGAGGCGGCGGGGCAGGCGACGGAGACGAUGGCGACGACGACGACGACUCCGAGGUCUACGGAGAUUUCGAGGACCUGCAGACCGGGGACAAGUUCGGACCCGGUGCUGAAGACAACGAUGACGAUGACGACGGAGACGAGGAGAAUGACAUGGAGACCGAGCGUGAGAAGAACGCCCGACUGAAAGCUGAAGCAAUGGCCUCCAAGGACGAGGAUGAGGAGGGCGACGAGGACGAAGAGGGAGGAGGAGGGGGAGGAGAGAAGAAGAAGAGGCUGGACGCCAACGGAGAGGAAAUCGAAGACGACGACGAGUUCCUGAGGGAAGCCACCAAGCGCAGGGAGGACCAGCAGACCCGAAACCGCAAGGAGUUCGAGGACAUGGGGGACGCGGCGCAACUCCGAAUCAGGGGUUUUCCACAGGGGCGUUACGUGCGGAUCCGGUUCAAUGCCCUACCCGCAGAGUUUGUCACCAACUUCAGGCCGGAGAACCCCGUGAUCGUUGGGGGCCUGAUGGCGGCGGAGGAGGGUCUGGCCAUGGUGCGGACGCGGGCGAAGCGGCACCGGUGGCACGGCAAGACCCUCAAGAGCAACGACCCCCUCGUUGUGUCGGCCGGGUGGAGGAGGUUCCAGACGCAGCCGGUCUUCGCCACCGAGGACCCCAACGAGCGACAACGGUACCUCAAGUACACUCCCGAGCACAUGCACUGCUUCUGCUACUUCUACGGACCGAUCAUCCCGCAAAACACGGGCAUCAUGGCCUUCCAGAGCAUGGGAAACACCACCACAGGGUUCCGAGUCGCCUUGACUGGCACCGCCCUCGAGCUUGACGCCAAGUUUGAGGUGGUGAAGAAGCUCAAGCUCGUGGGGUACCCGGACAAGAUCUUCAAGAAGACUGCCUUCAUCAAGGGCAUGUUCAACUCGGACCUGGAGGUGGCCAAGUUCGAAGGUGCGGCGGUGAGGACCGUGAGCGGGAUCCGGGGGCAGUUGAAGAAGUCGGCCAAGGGGGGCGAGCCCGGCCGGUGUCGGGCUACCUUCGAAGACAAGAUCCUCAAGUCGGACGUCGUCUUCUGCAGGCUGUGGGUGCCGGUGGAGAUCAGAAAGUACUACAACCCUGUCACGUCUCUGCUGGAGAAGGGCGAGUGGCAGGGGAUGCUCAACACGGCGCAGCUGCGACGGGCGCAGGGACAAUCGGUUCCUGUCAACAAGGACUCCCUGUACAAGCCGAUCGAGCGGGCCCCCCGCAAGUUCAACUCCCUGCCCGUGCCGAAGAAGCUCCAGGCGGCGCUGCCGUUUGCCUCUAAGCCCAAGCUGGCGCCCAAGCGCAAGAAGAAGGGCUACCUCAGCAAGCGGGCGGUGGUGAUGGAGCCAGCGGAGAGGCGGAAGGUUUCCCUGAUGCAAGCGCUGGCGACGAUCAGGAACGAGAAGGUCGCCAUCCGCAAGGAGGCGGCACAGCGGCGGAAACAGGCGAACAUGCAGAAGCAAGCCAAGGUUUCCGAAGCCUUCGAAGGGGUGAGGAAAGAAGAGAGGAAGCGCAAGUACCGCACCCAGGGAAAGGAGGAGGAGCGCUUAAAGAAGGCCAGGGCCGGCGGCGGACGAGGGGGACAAGGGGGCGGGCGCAAGGGCGGCAGGGAGAACGACGAUUGAGAAAAUACUUGGCCGGACCUCGCCUGCCGAACAUUUUCUGCUGGGGAGGGGAGUCUUUCCUCUCUUUGUCGAGGGACAUACCCGCCGCUGGGAAGGGGUUGGAUACGUGUGCGGUCUGCGUGUGCUUUUCAAGUGUAUCAACAGGGCACAUUGCAUGGCAACGUGGGGUAGACAACAGCAGUGACCUUCGAAGCAUGCAGGGGUCUGAAUGCGAUCAAUGGUAUGGGCACGGACGGAGGCUGAGGGGGGAAACAAGCGCUGGUCUGGUUGAACGGCCGACUAGAGACCUGACACGGGAUUCGAAAGAAGUCGGUUGGUGGCGGAAUAUUGUCGCGACGGGUCGCAGAAACGCCCGUGGGCUUGCUGUUUUGUUGCCUUUCUUGCCGUUAACCUUUUCGUUCAAUGGCUUUGCCUGAGAGCCUUUUAAAGGU